UCUAUGGACCGGGUGGAACAGUGAAUUAUCAAUUAUAAUCCGUAAUCCUUCCCUCUUUUUCACAACCCUUACCCUAAACCCGCUCGACGCUUAAACCCUCGCACGGUGAAACCUCUCUUUUCCUUCCAAAAGACGUUGCUCUAAUGGCUACUGUACCAGUUAACCCUAAGCCUUUUUUAAACAAUUUGACUGGGAAGCCUGUAAUGGUAAAGCUCAAGUGGGGAAUGGAGUACAAAGGGUUUCUCGUCUCAGUUGAUUCAUAUAUGAACUUGCAGCUUGCAAAUGCUGAAGAAUACAUUGAUGGACAAUUCAGUGGAAGUCUUGGAGAGAUCUUGAUCAGAUGUAACAAUGUGCUUUAUCUUCGUGGGGUGCCAGAGGAUGAAGAAAUAGAAGAAGCAGAUCGUGACUAGUUGCCUCUGUGGUAGCAGUAGUGUGAUGAUCUGAUCAAGGAAUUCGAAAUUCUGUUCUGCUGUGCUUCUAUGAAAUCUAAAAAUUACCCUUGUAUAUGUAUUGUUGUUAAAAAUCCUAUUACCUAAUGAACAUGCCAUAUUGUGGAUUCAGUUGAUCAUACUGCAUUUUUAGAUAUGAUAUCGGGAUUAUGCCAUUAAUUCCAAUUUAAUUUGAGUGGGAGUGGCAUUCGUUGAUGAUAGUAUGUUCAGUUU